GGCGACUGUGUUAGGGGAGGCUGUUAUUGCGAAUAAACGUGAACUUAAAGAUCAGUACCUAUUUUCAAGAAAGGGUAACAAACAAGGCAAUGCUAUACUGACUGAGAGGUCCAAAAUAUAUGCAAAGGGUAUGAAAAUAUGGGUCAGUGACAGGCAAGAUGUAUGGAAUGUCGCUACUAUUAUAGAUACAAUGAAAGAUACAAGAAUUAUAAUUAAAUACCAAGAUGGCGUGGAGAGUGUAAUUACGUCCAAGCCAGACUACCCUCUACUAUAUGGGGAAAAUGACUACGAAAAUAUAUGUGAUUUGUGUGAACUAAACCCACUUCAUGAAGCUACAGUUUUAGAGUCAUUAAGAAUACGCUACAAAGCUGGUCUGUGCUAUACCAAGGCGGGUAUCACGCUAUUAGCUAUCAAUCCAUUUACCGAGCUUCCACAUCUCUACAGUGCAAAGAAAGUGAAAUUAUACAAUAAUAAUUGUAUUAAGAACAAACCACCGCAUGUGUUUGCAGUUGCUGAGCAGGCUCAUUGUAAUCUGAAAAGACAGCUUGGUCACGUUAAUCAGUCUGUUAUAGUUAGCGGUGAAAGUGGUGCUGGUAAGACAUGGACCGCGAGAUGUGUUAUGAGAUAUCUUGCUACUACCGCUGUUUCUGCAGAAGGGUUUUCACCUUGUUCUAAAAUUUGUAGAAUAGAAAAGAGAAUACUGAAUUCCAAUCCUAUAUUAGAAGCAUUUGGAAAUGCUGGGACAACCAAGAAUUCUAAUAGUAGUAGAUUUGGUAAAUAUAUCCAGUUACAGUUAAACAGAUCAAACUAUAUCAUAGGAGCGUCUAUCAAAACAUAUCUCCUGGAGAAAACUAGAGUUGUUCGUCAAGGAAUUGGGGAAAGAAAUUUCCAUAUCUUUUACCAGAUGUUACAAGGAUGCAGUGAUGAAGACAGAGAUCAGUGGGGUAUAACAGAAACCACAGAAUACCACUACCUGUCACGCUGUGAAGACUACCAACACACUAAUGAAUUGGACAGUGACACUUUGGAUACGACUAAGUCAGCCAUGCACAGCGUGGGGUUGUCACAGAGACAGCAAAACUGUAUAUUUCAGUUACUUUGUGGGAUCCUCUAUAUUGGUAACAUUGUGUUCAUCACAGAUGAAGAACUCAGCUCAGUUCCAUGUGACGUUGACGAAUAUGAUUUAGACUGUCAGCUGACAAUUGAAAAGUCGUCCUCCCUGCUUGGCAUUGAUCACAAUGAACUGCUGCAGUGUUUAACAAUCAGAAGAAUAACAGCAUCCCAUAGUAGAAGAAAAAGUGUUUUUAUGAAGCCGUGUAGCCAGGUAGAGUGUGUCACCAGAAGGGAUUGCCUGGCUAAGCUACUGUAUUCCAGGUUGUUCAACUGGUUAGUGGAGUUUAUUAACAAGAACACUAGUGCUCAUGCAAACAGUUGUCAUUCAUUCAUUGGUAUCUUGGAUGUCUAUGGUUUUGAAAGCUUUACGAAUAACAGUCUGGAACAACUAUGCAUAAAUUAUGCUAAUGAGAAACUUCAACAACAUUUUGUGUCUCACUUUUUGAAAGCUGAACAGGAAGAAUACAAGAAGGAAUCGAUCUCAUGGACAUAUUUUAAUUUCACUGACAACAGACCCUGUCUAGAAUUGUUGGAAGGAAAGAUUAGUGUCUUUUCACUGAUGACUGAGGAAUGUCGACUUAACCGAGCCAGUGACGUGAGAGGCUUCACUGAUCGAGUACACAAUACAUUACGUGGGUCAGCUAUCAGCAAACCACAUAUAUCAGUCACUACACCGGCUUUUGUAAUUGCACAUUUCGCUGGUCAAGUCACGUAUCAGACAGACUCGCUCAUCGAGAAAAAUAAGGACUCAAUUCCUGAUGAGCUGGUUGAAUUGGUGAAGAACAGCAACAAUCGUUUUAUAAGUGAAAUUUUCAGCAGUUACUCAGUGGACAUUCAGGAUGACAUGAGUGGUAGCUGCAAGAAGGGUAAACAAUCUGAUGUUACCGUGGUUUCCAAGUUCAAGACCUCUCUAGACCAGCUUAUGGCUAUAUUGAAUUGUACAACACCCCAUUACAUAAGAUGUAUCAAACCCAACAAUAACUGCCAACCUGAUUUGUUCAAUAACCAACAAGUUGUGGACCAAUUACAAGCAUGCGGGGUUCUUGAAACAGUCAACAUUAGUAAGAUGGGAUUCCCAACAAGGUUGACCUACGCUGAUUUCAUUGCAAGAUACAAAGUUAUUGUGAAUACUUCAGAAUCAGAACAACUUAAUGGGAUGGGACUUGUGACUGCUAUUAUGGAAAGUGUGUUUGAUGAGGAAGACAAAGAAAAUGACUCGAUGACUGCACAGUACGGCAAGAUGAAGAUAUUUCUUAGAGAGGGACAGCUUGACCAACUGGAAUCUGUAAGGGCCAAGCUAUUGUCUCGAUAUGUAUUCACCCUUCAGUGUGCUUGGAGACGAUACAUGAAAAGAAAACAUCAAUGUAUUCUUGCGUCAUCGGCCACGGUGAUCCAGGCAUUGUGGAGAGGUUACCAGACACGAAGAGAAAUACAGCAAAUGAACAGAGCCGCUAGAAUUAUUCAGUACGCUAUGCUGAAGUAUGUUAUCAAGAAAAGACGAUCAACGCGAAAGAUGUUGGAAUUGGACGUGUCAACGUCGGACGAAUCUGAUGCAUCUGAUGCAUCUGAAGAAUCUGAGAUCUCAAUCUCAUUUGUCUCCUGUGACGAGGACAGUACAUUCACGAGUAUCGAUUCAAGCUUGCUUUCAAAUACAGAUGUCAGUCAAUCUCUGGAUGAAGACUUGGAUUUAUCUUUAAGUUCUGAUAUCACUAUGGAUUCGACUGCAGACUUUGAACCGUCGUUUGCACCCAAUCACAUCUACGCCGGACGGUUUGUUCAUCGUGCAUCCCCGAUGAGUUUAAUGAAUAGGUUUAGGACUUGUACUGAUGCUGCAGAUGAGGUCUCUGAAGAUUUAGAGAAGUCAAAGCAGAUUAAAAAACAGAAAACAAAGUCUGAAAUGGCUAUUAAUAUUCUGACGAUGCCAGCUGUUGAUGUGGUGUUGGCCGCCACAAUGGUGGGACUGGUUUUCCACGGUCCUCUCCGCUUCUAACUCGUAAAAUUAGCUAUUCAUACUGCCAAUCACAAUGAUCAGAUUUAAAGAGCGGUGUUCGUCACACCGUGUCGUGUUUAAUUCAUUUCGCAGUGAUGUAUACAAUGCUUAUUGCCCGACAGCUCUAUAAUCUGUGAUGCUAUUUUCACUUAUUUUUAAAAUGUUUUUACAAUAUUUACUGCCAGUUUUAUUGAUUUUGGAAACUUUUAGAUUUUUUUUUAGUAUAUUUUUCUUUUUUAACUUGUAAAUAUAUUUGUGAUAACUUUCUUAUAUUUUGCUUAUCAUUGCAGUGUUUUGACAUGUGUGAAAUAAAUGUAAAUAACACAAU